AUAUCGAGCGGAUACGCACUGCAUCAAACCAAACGCACACAUGCCAUUAUCUCUGUCGGACACAUGUCGGUUUUGUUUUGUUCAAUGCGCGUCCGGCCCGGCAAGAGGAAAUAAUUAUGCCAUUCAUUUCUUUAGAUACCACAAAUCGAAUUUUGUUUUAGAUGCCAUAUGGCGUGUGGAUGUAUUGCAUUUUGAAAGACACCAAGCAAUUGUACUGGAUAUUGUUUGUUGUUCAGCUACCUACACGCAAUGGGAGGCCGAGUGUGCUACCAACUUGUAAUUUUAACAGUGGGAUUGCGUCUCAAGCAAACACAGCUCAUGGAUUUGUUGCACGAACGAGAUGGAUGCUACAUGUCGCAAGAUGCGUCUGUGAAAGCUGCGUCUACCCUCUUGAACCGAUAAUGUCGCAAGAUGCGUCUGUGAAAGCUGCGUCUACCCUCUUGAGCCAUAAGGACUAUUAAGAUCGGAUGCGACUGUCACAAGGCCAUAGAGGGUCGACCGUCAGGUGACUGUCUCAAACCCACCAUGUGGUGCCUCGCUGUUCGCCUUGGUGUACCGCUUCAGCCGUCCGGGGUUCCAUGUCUCACAUUAUUACCACCAGGAUCCGUCCUCCACCAGCCCGCCUGUCAUUCGCACCGACUGGGAUGAGCGAAUUAUCCACCGCGAUGUCGACCCUACUGGAUCUAGGAUUUACGAACGGUAGUACGGGUUUGAAUUCCUCUGCCGGGGACUCCAUAUCGGUGACUGCGAGGACGGUCCUCCAUGCCGGGGUGCGGCCCGGGGAGGAGGGUGGAGGUGAUGCCGACCUCCUCGCAGACGACCAUGGUCCAAGAGUGCUAUGGUGCGCCUCCCUCAUCGUCGUGAUUAUCCUAAGUGUGGUUGGUAACGGCAUCUUGGCACUCGUAGUGUUCGGAAACUCCAGACUUCGCAGGCCAUCCUACUUCUUCCUCUUCAACUGCGCCCUGGCCGACUUCGUGCGCUCCCUGCUAUGUUUCCCGUUCGUAGUCUCGGCCGUUGUCUCGCGGGAUUGGAUAUAUAGCAACUCACUGUGCGAGAUUCUUGCCUUCUUCAACGUAUACCUUACGUAUGGGGUUUUAUACACGCUGUUCCUGAUCAGUAUAGAACGGUAUGUUGUACUGCGCUUUCACAGAUUCCACCGGCAGAAGCUAAAAGGACCGGCUUGCCUACUACUAGUGCUUGCUUCAUGGGCACUUGCCGUGUCCAUGGCGUUCCCGCCUGUUUUUAACACGAGGACCUACUCCUUCAUAGAGAUUGAAAACCAGUGUACAUUUAAGCACCAGGAAUACAAGUCCAAUGAGACUCUGUGCUUCCUCUUGUUCUUCGUUGCCGUCAUUGCUUUCACACACUUCGCUUACUUUCGAGUUUUUCUCUUCAUGCGCGCCCACCGCAAGAUGCGACCUAUGCAGUUCGUUCCUGCCGUCUCCAACAACUGGACCUUCUACGGGCCCGGUUCCACGGGACAGGCAGCCGCCAAUUGGUUCCUUGGGUACCGCCAAGGUCCCACGCCGCCGCCCCUAAUAGGGUUGGCGCCCCCUGCGAACGGCAACAGCACCUCGCUCUCCAAAUCGGAUUUCGAGCGGGAAGAGAAAUUUAGCAAGCUGUCCUUGACCAUCACGAUUUCUUUUAGUGUGCUAUGGCUGCCGUACACUGUGUACUGUUUCUGGCAGGUGUUCCAGCAUAACAACCCUCUCCCGUAUACCUACGUGUCCAUAGCCACGUGGUUGACUUUUUUCCAGGCUUGCAUCAACCCUAUUCUGUGCUUCGUGGUAAGCAAGGAGUUCCGACAGAUCGCACUGCAGCACGUGUUCGGUGCGUCGGCGUUCCAGCAGGAAGGACACAACGUGCAGUUGUGACAAAGGCUGUGACGGGCUGUCGCCGUGUAGAUGGUGUCAGCCACGAAAUCUGCCCAGUGAUUUAUUACACACCAUUCCGACGAUUGGUUCGGUUUUCUUAUAAAACUAGGUAAAAACAAUUAAUCGAUUAUGUGGUGAAAAUGUCUGCAAAAAGUGAUGUACAUUUUAACUUGUUUAUGUUGUUGUUUAAGUGUUUCAGCUAAGCUUUAAAAAGGUGAGCCCGAAAUUUGCCUUUAUAAGAGUAUGGGUCGUGUGUCGGUGUGCUGAAAACUUGCCUCGGUAUGUUCAUUUUGUAAUUGUCGUUUUAAUUUAUAAAUAUCAAGUUGUAAACUUUUAAUUUUAAAUUAGUUUGAGGACGGAUUUGGACAUCCUCGGCACUUUAUUUAAACUCUUCCCGGAUAACUUGCGGAACAGUUUUCCCGGAGCUGAUUCGUUAUCCCUCAACAAAAUAUUGUGCAUUCUGUAUAGACUCCAGGAACAGUUUUCAGGGAAGUUCUAUGGGCCAUUUGUUUAAAUGUUGGUUAAACUGCACGCAUAGAUUUGCUAUCUACUGUGAGCCAGCAGUUGUUCCCAAAUGGUACCGGGAAAAUCUUUCCACAAGUUGUCCGGGAAAAGUUUUGAUGAUAGGUCUUAGGAAAGACCCUGAUAUAUAUGUUUUGAGAAACGCUUCAGCUUCAAAUUCAAUGGGCACAAAUUGUCAGUUAAAUGUGAAGGAAGAUGACUCUGUAAAUGUAUUGAAGAUCACACAGGGUGUAUUGUGAGUUUGAGACAGGGUGCUAGACCAAGAUGAAGGUGAUAAGCAAUUGCAGGCUGGAAUCUCUAAGUAUACCUGACUCUAUAAGAUCACGUACGACCUUGCUUUUGUUGAUUAACAAACCGAACUGGUUGGCAUGGUCAGCCGAGUGUUAGCAAAACAUGCACAAUCGUGUUAACAGAUGUGUCCAAAUUCAACAUUUUCUGCAAACGUGUAAUUAAAAGAAAAAACAUCCCGUGAUUGAUUGCUUUGCAUUGAUGGCUCCCCAUAGUUUUCCAACCUUCUCCCUUAAUGUAAAAGAGUGAACGUGUUACUCUUUUGUCCCAGUGGUGGCAGUUUUGCUCUUUUUGCUGUAAACGUCAAUCUGUGUCACUCCUUUAGGGUGAAAUUGGAUCGAACUUCACUCUAAAA